AUGAAAUAACAAAUAGAUCUGAAGUUAUUGUAGCAAUAAAGAGAAGAACGAUUUUAGAAGAGUUUAUUUGGUGCUAAUCAAAUGAGUUAGCCUGUUGAGGACAAACCAGCAAGUUCCAAGGUUCCAAUGUUGUCUAAUGAAAACUUUGUAUAAAUUUAUGUGAAAUGCACUAUCACACCAGAGUUUGUGGCCUAGAAGGAAUUGAGUCAAGACAAUGUGGACAAUGAAAUUGACAUAGUAUUCGACGAUGUGAUAGGUAAACAUUUCGAUUAAGAAAAUAUAGAAAAUGAGGAAUUGGGAAUGAAGAAGGAGUAUAAUGUAUUUGUUGAAAGACAAUUGGUCCAACAAAUUAAGUUGUUAAAAUAGAAUUACAUAGAGAAGCAAGAUUUGAUCAAAAUGCCUGUAUGUGGAUCAAAUGGCAUAAGAUUGCCAGAAGAACAAGAUUUGCUCCUCUAUUUCGAAUACUUUAAAAUUAGGGAUAAUUCAACUGAAUGUUAAUUGCUCCUUCAAUCAUAGGAUUUGAAAUCAUUAUAUGGACUCUUGAUUUGCGGAUGUCUUUUUAGCGAUGAAAAUGCCUAAGAUCUCACCUUUAAAUUCUUAACCAAAAAACCCACUUUGGAAAUCAUAAUGAAGUUGCUACUAGUCACAGUCCACUAUGAAUCCAAGUAUCAGAUGUAUAUGUACAAAUUAGUAAAACAAAUCCUCUACUUUUACAACGGAAUCCUUAAGGAAAUCACAGAUCCAUUAUUAAAUGAUGCAAUACAGAAUCUAAAACAAUUAUCCAUAGAAAAACCCAAUAUCAUCAGAGUCAAUACUAAGGGUUUUUCCUUGAAAAUAAAUACAACAUUCCUCUAUCCAUUAUACAAGUAAUAUGAGAAGGAGAGAGCUGCAGUAUUCAAGCCAAUCAAUGAGUAUACUCAAUUUCAAGUAUUGCGAAAUGCUGACAUUCCAGAUCAAACUGAAGAUUCAGAAUACCCACACAUCUACAUCAUAAAAAAACAGAGUGAUUAAUAGCAAUAUCUCUAUGGAGUUCAAUUAGAAGCACAUGCAGAAAUCCUUAUAUAUGAUAACAAGUGUGAAAAAUACUAGAAAUAUAAUGAUUCAUAUUUAGGAUGUGUGGAGAGAAACAUAUGGGGAACCUCAAUGGUUGUCUAUGAUGAUGGGUAUCCGGAGUCAGCUUAAUUGCAAUUUCCUGAUUGGAUCGGUUAGAAGAGAAGGAGAUUGAUGAAAAUAGAGUAUGAGACUAACAUCAUGGCAAAUGAACCGAGAUAUUUUGAUACUGUGUUUCUCAAUCUAGAUACAAAAUAAUGGGAAGAAUUAAUUACAUUAAAACCACAUUACAAUUAGGAGAAGGAUUGCUAUUAGCUGAAUUUCUUUGGGUAAUCCAAGAUUGCUUCUGCUCGUAAUUUCUAAUUAAUCAAAGCUGGAGAUGAUAAAACUAUCCAAUUAUUGCAUGGGAAGAUGGAGGCCAAUUCCUUCAAUUUGGAUUUCAGACCUCCUCUCAGCAUCUUGUAAGCAUUUGCUAUAUCGAUGGUUUCUAUAAGUUCUAAAGCACUCGUGUCAUGA